UGGAUCUUUUCAGGAACUACAAACCUCCAAACAUGAUGCUGGGAUAUCCUCUGGACACAAAAUACUUCAGACCUCCAAAUGACCCAGAUUCUGAGUACAUGUGGUUUGCAGCCCAAGCAUCAGCAGCUGCUCCAACAUAUUUCAAGGCUCAAGGAGUGUACUGUGAUGGUGGUUUGGUAGCCAAUAACCCCACAUUGGAUCUCUUGACUGAACUAUGGGAAUUCAAUAUCGCACUGAGAGGUUCUAAUAACCCCAAACAUAGGAUCUUAAGGCCAACAUUGGUUGUUUCUCUGGGCACUGGUUUGAACAUCAUGGAACAGCACAUGGAUAACAUGGAUAUUGAAUUCCCUGAUAGUGUUGGAGCCCUGAUCAGGACAGUAAACAACCUAAAAACGCUGUUGAAGCAUGUAGUGGAGCUUAGCACUUGCACAGAUUUC